AUGUCUCUGCCACGUUUUUUAACAAGGGAUUUUUUUACCUCAUUGGCAGAUUCCAUAAACAACGCUAACGAAAAAUACUUCCAAGAAGUCCACGAAUGUCAGACCCCCGUAAAACUCCUAUGUCUUCAGCAAUCAUGUAUUGCAGACAAUAAAUACCUGAUUGAAACACUGGACGGGUCCGUUCCUGUAGAAUAUAAACAUACAUGUUUGGCGCUAGUUCCUCUCACACCCGAAGGUGAUCGACAAUUAAUAGGGAAGGUCAUCAGUUUUACACAGUAUAAAGUCGCACCAACCAAAUCACGCUAUUUGGUCGUUUUGACGAGGAUUUCAGUGGUUCCAGGAGAUUAUAGGCAUUUGAUUGGACAUCUCGUACCCGCCUUGAUCUAUCAUCCACGUUUGGCAGUGGUUCAGGACGAUAAUUUUAAAAACACAAUGACAGAUCUAAAUUCGCCAGUAUCAGGACCAGUGAGAAAACAGGAGAACAACAGGACUGUAAAAACGAUCUCCAACCCAUAUGAUCCCCCAAUGAAUAAGGGAAAGAAGGAUGUGCCAUUAACAAAAAUAUCAGAUUUGACGUUGUACACCCCGAAAUGGCAAAUCAGAGCACGAGUAGUUUUUAAGUCUGAAAUCAGAAAAUUUAAUAACCAAAGAGGAGAAAGCCAGCUGUUUUCAGUGGAUCUGUGUGAUUCUAACGGAGAGAUACGCGCAGUGUUUUUUGGAGAAUCAGUGAAUAAAUGGUAUUCAUUUCUCGAGGAAGGACAAGUUUAUUCAAUAAGUGGAGGACAACUUAAGCCGGCAAAUAAAAGAUACAACAACUUGAAACACUCGUGUGAAUUAAUCUUGGAUGAGAGCUCGUAUAUUCAGCUGUUUCAAAAUGAUGAAUCUAUACCUUCAUUCUGCUAUUCGUUCACACCACUCGACCAACUUCAAGAUAUCAAAUCCGGAGAAACAAUUGAUGUCAUAGCCAUAGUUGUCACGGCAAGAGAUUUACAAAAGAUAAACAACAAGGCCACUGGAAACAAUGUAGAGAAGAGAGAUUUUUUGCUGUGUGACUCAACAAACACUACAGUAUGGGUUACCAGCUGGGGGCAGAAAACACAACUAUUUAACUAUGAGGGAGAUAAUUCGCAUCCAUUGGUGUGUUUAAAGGGAGUAAAGGUGGGAGAGUGGCAAGGAAAAAAACUGGAUGUCCAGAUAUCGACCCAAGUAAUAUGUGAACCAGUGAUACCAGAAGCACUCAAGCUAAGAAAAUGGUGGAAUGAGAACGGCCAUAACAUCAAUUUUAAACAAGAAACUGUUAAAACUAAUAAUAACUUCUUUAACAAACUUUGUACCAUAUCACACAUAAUAUCAUCAACAAACCAAGGACUCCAAUUCAAAUCAAUUGAUUCAAACGGAAUGGUCUUCACCACCAGAGGAUUAAUUGAGGUGUUGAAGGAUACAAACUUCUGUUUUCCUUCCUGCACCGGUUGUAGAAAGAAAAUGUCAAAUGACCAAGGUUGUUGGUAUUGUUCCAAGUGCAAUAGUAGCACAAACCCAAUCCACCUGUACAUACUUAAUAUUAAAAUUGUUGAUGAAUCAUCCCAUAUAUGGGCAAGCGCAAUGGCUGACGUAGGAGAGAGCAUCAUGGGAAUAAAGGCAUACAAUUUGAUAAAUCUUAUGGAAAGAGGACCUUCAAAUGAAAACGAAAAGAGUUUUAUAAACUACUUCGAAGAUGCCAGACUUACAGAAUAUAUUUUUAAAAUAAAGGCAACCGUGGAAAAUUUUAUGGAUGAACCUAGAAUUAAAUAUAGAGUACUAAAGGCCACGCCCCUUGAUAGGGAACUAGAUCUUGCUAUCAAAGAUAGAAUAGAAAAUAUUAAAAAACUGAUCCCGUAA